CAGCUCUGGGAUCCUGACCUGGAAUUCAGCCCAGAAUUGUGAGCUCAAGGACUUUAGACUGGGGACUAGUUCUGUGCUCUGGUGGAAGUAUUCACUUUCCAUUCCCGCUUCACCCUGUUGGCUAUAUUUGAUUUUUACGUCUUGGUGUUGCGCAGCGACACUAAGAUAACAAUCAGAUGAGAGGUGGAUGGCUGAGUUUAGUUGGAAAUCAGGAAAUCCAUCUUUAAGAGAGAGCAAUCUACUGCGGACUGUCGAAUUUGUUGACAGAAGGGCGCGGCUACCAAGUCAAAUACAGUUUAAUGACAUACGGACGAUCAGAUCUGUAGCUGUUAAAUCUCUGUGCUAGAUUCUCUCUUCUGCCUGUACCAAAUGGCCAUUGUAGAAGCGAUGAAGUCGCUGUGCUUCCCCGUGGAAGUCUGUCGGCUGUUCCAUUUGAUCGCUGUGUUUUGUUUAGUGUCUUUCUUGAUCAAAACAGUGAAACUCUUCCGUAGAAGGUGGGAGAUGAUGACAGCAUUGAAACUGUUCCCGGGACCCCCAACCCACUGGUUGUUUGGUCACGUAUCAGAGUUUCCUCAGGAUGGGACAGAUUUAGACAAGACCGUGACAUGGACAAAGCAAUAUCCAUAUGCCCACCCAUUGUGGUUUGGUCCAUUUACAGUUUUCUUAAGUAUCAACCACCCUGAUUAUGCUAAAACAUUACUUACAACUACAGAGCCAAAAGACGAUAUGGUUUACCAAUUUAUAACUCCUUGGAUUGGUGAUGGUUUACUGGUGAGUGCUGGACAGAAAUGGUUCCGCCACAGACGACUGUUAACACCUGGGUUUCACUAUGACGUUUUGAAGACGUAUGUAAGACUGGUUGCGGAAUCCACCAAGAUCAUGUUGGAUAAAUGGGAACAAAUUUACACAAAAGAAAGCCAUACACUGGAGCUCUACCAAGAAAUCAGCCUUAUGACAUUGGACAGUAUUCUGAAAUGUGCUUUCAGUUACUGUGGAAACUGCCAGAUUGAAAGUGACAGUUCAUAUAUCAAGGCUGUGUAUGAGCUCUGCUUCCUCGCCAAUCAGCGGUUCAGAACCUUCCCGUAUCACAAUGACCUUAUUUACUAUCUGAGUCCACAUGGAUAUCGUUUUCGGAAAGCCUGCAGCUUGGCACACCACCACACUGAGGAAGUGAUACGGCAGAGGAAAGAAAUGCUGAAAAAUGAGAAGGAAUUGGAAAAAAUCAAAGAUAAGAGACAUUUGGAUUUCUUGGAUAUUCUACUUUGUGCAAGGGAUGAAGAUGGAAAAGGAUUAUCAGAUGAAGAAAUUCGUGCAGAGGUGGACACAUUUAUGUUUGAAGGCCAUGACACUACAGCAAGUGGAAUCUCCUGGCUCUUGUAUUGUUUGGCCCAACAUCCAGAACACCAGCAGAAGUGCAGGGAAGAAAUCCAGGAGCUUCUGGAGAGCCACGAACAAAUAGAGUGGGAGUUGCUCAGUAAGAUGCCUUACAUUACAAUGUGCAUUAAGGAGUCUCUGCGUCUUUGCCCCCCUGUACCAGGGAUAUCCAGGAGGCUGACCAAACCAUUCACAUUCUUUGAUGGGAGGAAGGUUCCUGAAGGUUGCUUGGUUGGUAUAAGUAUCUACUGUAUUCACAGGAACCCUAUGAUAUGGGAUAACCCAGAGGUUUUUGACCCUUUAAGAUUUUCCACUGAAAAUUCAGCAAGCAGACACACACACGCCUUCAUACCUUUUUCAGCUGGACCAAGGAAUUGCAUUGGUCAGCACUUUGCCAUGAAUGAAAUGAAGGUGGCUGUUGCGAUGAUCCUUAAUCGAUUUGAACUGGAAAUCGAUGAGUCAAAACCACCAAUUAAAAUACCUCAGCUGGUCCUUCGAUCUAAAAAUGGGAUACACCUGAAGAUUAAAAAACUGCAAUAAUGUUAACCUGCAAGGAUAAGUGAAUUUAGAAAAAUAAGAAAUUAAUAACAUCAAAAUCAAUCAAAUCAAUCUGUAAAUGAGAUAACUGCAGCAAAAUUGCUGUGGCAGUAAAGAUUAUUAAAAAAUAAACAGGAAAACCUGCAUUGAAGAAGUU